AUGGCGUCGACAGUGGUGAAACCGGAUGACCCACCGCCACAUACACCCAAAGAUCAGCUUCCAAAUGUUUUCUACUGCAUUACCAGUCCUCCUCCAUGGCCUGAGGCCAUCGUUCUUGGAUUUCAACAUUAUAUAGUAAUGCUUGGCACAACAGUCAUCAUACCAACAGCACUGGUUCCUCAAAUGGGAGGAGGAAAUGAGGAGAAAGCCAAAGUUAUUCAGACUCUGCUGUUUGUUGCUGGAUUGAACACUCUAUUGCAGUCAUUCUUUGGAACAAGAUUACCUGUUGUGAUCGGAGGGUCAUACACUUUUGUUGCACCCACAAUUUCGAUUAUCCUGUCUGGUCGAUGGAGUGACCCAGACCCUAUUUCGAAAUUCAAGAAGAUAAUGCGGGCUACACAGGGUGCACUUAUUGUUGCUUCAACCAUUCAAAUAGUACUAGGUUUCAGUGGCCUUUGGCGUAAUGUUGCAAGGUACCUGAGUCCACUUUCAGCUGUUCCUUUGGUUGCUCUUGCAGGUUUUGGGCUCUAUGAGUUUGGUUUCCCUGGGGUUGGCAAAUGUGUUGAAAUUGGGUUGCCACAGCUCAUAAUUGUAAUUUUUAUUUCUCAGUAUCUGGUUGACCUGAUACGCCCAGGAAAGCAUAUCUUUGAACGUUUUGCGGUUUUAAUUACGGUGGUAAUUGUAUGGAUUUAUGCCCAUUUACUUACCGUGGGUGGGGCCUAUAAUGACAAAGCACCAAAGACUCAAACAAGCUGCAGAACUGAUCGUGCGGGACUUAUUGAUGCUGCUCCAUGGAUAAGAGUUCCAUACCCAUUUCAAUGGGGAGCACCUUCAUUUGACGCUGGUGAAGCCUUUGCCAUGAUGAUGGCAGCGUUUGUUGCUCUUGUGGAGUCAUGUGGUGCUUUCAUCGGUGCGUCCAGAUUAUCUAGUGCAACUCCUUUGCCACCGUCUAUUCUUGGCCGUGGUAUUGGCUGGCAGGGCGUUGCUAUCUUGUUGUCUGGUUUGUUUGGAACUGGAAACGGAUCAUCAGUUGCUGUCGAGAACGUUGGCUUGAUAGGACUGACGCGUAUUGGCAGUCGAAGAGUUGUGCAGAUAUCUGCUGGAUUCAUGCUUUUCUUUUCCGUUCUUGGAAAAUUCGGAGCAGUCUUCGCUUCAAUCCCAGCACCAAUUUUUGCUGCUUUAUACUGUGUUUUCUUUGCUUAUGUUGGUUCGAGCGGUAUAGCUUUUCUUCAGUUCUGCCAGCUUAACAGUUUCCGCAACAAAUUCAUAUUAGGCUUUUCGAUAUUUAUGGGAUUGUCCGUGCCCCAAUACUUCAAUGAGUACACUGCUAUUAAGGGCUAUGGUCCUGCUCACACGUCUGGGAGAUGGUUCAAUGACUUAAUAAAUGUCCCUUUCUCGUCGAACGCUUUUGUGGCUGGGAUAUUGGCGUAUUUUCUGGACAACUCAUUAGACAAGAAGGAUUCUCAAGUAAGGAAAGAUAGGGGAAGACAUUGGUGGGACAGAUUCCAUUCCUUCAAGAGUGAUGCAAGAAGUGAGGAAUUCUAUUCCCUUCCCUUCAAUCUCAAUAAAUAUUUCCCAUCUGUGUAA